AUGACUACUACAGUGGUAACCACUCCUGAGCUUGCACAACAUAACACAGCGAACGAUUUAUGGGUUUCGGUUCAUGGAAAAGUUUACAAUUUGACAUCCUUCGUAAAUGACCAUCCAGGCGGAAUAGAUGCUAUUCUUCAAUGUGCUGGAGAUGACGGGACGGACGCAUACGAUUAUGCAGGACAUAGCAAAAGUGCUUCAGCAACUUUAACCCGAUUUCUGAUUGGGCCCUUGGAAGGCCACGAUGAGAAACUGUCCGAAGAAGAAAAUCGGUCGGACCCAUUACCAAAGCCUCAAAGAGAGGUCAAACGCAACAGUUAUUUCCCAGCCAGUUAUCCUUUGGCUGGAUUCCUACGACUUUUCUUAGGAACAGCCUUGGGGGGGUUUAUAAUCGCUCUCGGUGGCCGAAUUGCGCUCCAUCAUCAGUCAUCAGCCACUCUAGUUGCUUUGGGGAAGCGGACUAUUGAUUCUAUUGGUGCCUUUGGUGCUGGAGCUCUGCUAUCCUCUUCCGUCGCUCUUGUCGUUGUCGCAUAUGCCUACGAGCAGUUUCGGAAGACUCUGCACCACACUAAGGAGCCCUUUGCUUACCCGCCUAUCAUUCCUCGGCCAGUCGGGUUUUCAGCUAGGCAAUUGUAG